AGAACAGAAGAGAAAUACUAUUGAUAAGAAAUAAUAAUCAUCAUUCAUUGAUUUUCGAUUUCUGUUAAUUCAAUUCUAUGCUUAAAUUCUAGUGAAAAUGUCUCCAAAAUCAGUUGUGGUAACCGGAUCCAAUCGAGGAUUGGGAUUUGGAUUAGUUCAACAAUUUCUGAAAGAUCCAAAUGUUCAGCAUGUCAUUGCGACUGCAAGAGAUGUUGAUAAGGCAACUGCUCUCAAGGGAAUUUGUGAUCCACGACUUCACAUUCUUCAACUCUCACUCGGAUCCGAUGAAUCAAUUGCAAAUUUUGCUGAAAAAGUGUCUGAAAUUGUUGGAGAAUCUGGAUUAACUCUUCUUAUAAAUAAUGCAGCUGUGAUGCUUCCAUAUGUAACAAAACAAAAACCUGAUCGAAAAGUUGUUCUGGAUUUGUUUGAGUCAAAUACAAUUGGUCCAAUGAUGCUUACACAAAGCCUUGUACCACUCAUAAUCAAAGCUUCGAAACGACAGGAAGGCGAUACACUUUCCGUUUCUCGUGGUGCAAUCAUUAAUAUUGCAUCCGAAUUUCUUGGUUCAAUUUCUGAAAAUACCAGUGGUUCUGGUGAAUAUAAAGCAAUGGCAUAUCGAAUGACGAAGUGUGCGGUGAAUCAGUUUACAAAAACUCUCUCAAUUGAUCUAAAAGAUGAUCAUAUUUUAACAGCUGGAAUUUGUCCAGGAAUGGUUCAAACUGAUAUGAGUAAAGGGAAAGGACAACUUACUAUUGAGGAAUCUUCCUCACAAAUAUUGGCGGCAUUCAACAAACUAGGAGCAACACACAAUGGCGGAUAUUUCCGAAGAGAUCUUUCAAUUAUUCCGUAUUAAAGUUUUCAGCCCUUUUUUAUCCAUUUAAUGAUUGUUGUACGACUGAUUUACUUUCACUGUGUUCUUCUUGGUUUUAUUUAAAUCUGUAUUGUUUAUGUGUUGUAUCAAACUUCUUAGAAACUUCUUUCUGAUAAAGUAUUGAAAUAGAAU